AUGGCUUCUUUUACUAUCUCCUUGAAUUCCACAACCCUACUUGUGCUUCUCUUGGCUAUUGUCUCUUGUCUACAAUUUUCCUUUGUAGAUUCUCAUGAAUUUCAAGUUGGUGACCUAAAAGGUUGGGUUGUUCCACCACCCAAUGACACUGAUAUCUACAAUAUUUGGGCUUCUAACUUCAGGUUCCAAGUUGGUGACUCCAUAAUUUUCAAGUACAAGAAGGAUUCAGUGAUGGAAGUUGGAAAAGAAAACUACAAUGAUUGCAAUGCAACACAACCAACAUUUUUCUCAAACAAUGGUGACACUGAGUUCAAGUUUGGUCAUUCAGGAACAUUCUACUUCAUAAGUGGUGCAUCAGGGCAUUGUGAGAAAGGACAAAAAAUGAUUGUGAGAGUGAUGAUUCAAGAUAUUCAUUCCAAAUCUUCUGCCUACCAUGUUCCUGUUUUUUCAAUUGGUGUCUUUGUUUUUGCAUUUGUUGUGUCCUAUGUAAUUUGA